AUGACGGGCAGCGGCACGGUUGCCUCGGAAUUAAACAUCAUCUACCGCAAGAUUCGCGGGCUACUUGAGCGACGCGCUGAAUAUAUCCGACUGUCAUCACAGGGUCCUGAGGAUAACCCCAAAGAUCGUCCCGACUGGAGGAUUUACCCUCCCCCGCCAGAACCAGCCUGGGAUGCUGAUAGAGAGAAUGGGAAUCAAGGAUCCUCUCCUGGUGCCGGAACCAAGAAAAGAAAGAUGGGCCAGGAUAUUGGUGAGGACUUCGACAUGGCUGAAUUCAUUCCGCUCCCGGGAGAGUCAAGUUGGACAUUCAGACUGGAUGAAAAUAGUGUCUACCAAGUGUACGAAAAUAUCGAGGCUGCAAAUGCGCACAAGCCUACCAUCAGAAUACCUUCACUGCGUGAUUUUUAUAUGGACCUCGAUGCAGUCAUAGAUGUAUCUACAGACGGACCAGCCAAGAGCUUUGCGUUUAAACGUCUUUCUUAUCUGGAGGGCAAAUUUCAGCUUUACACGCUGCUCAAUGAAUAUCAAGAGAUUGCUGACAGCAAAAAGGUACCACACAGAGACUUCUACAACGUCCGAAAGGUUGACACUCAUGUCCAUCACUCGGCUUGCAUGAAUCAGAAACAUCUCCUCAGGUUCAUCAAAAGCAAAAUGAAGAAGUCUCCUGAUGAAGUUGUAUUAUUCCGGGAUGGUAAACAUCUAACGUUGAGAGAGGUUUUUGAAAGCAUAAACCUAACAGCUUAUGACCUGAGCAUUGAUACGCUGGAUAUGCAUGCGCAUACGGAUUCCUUCCAUCGCUUUGACAAGUUCAAUCUCAAAUAUAAUCCCGUCGGGGAGUCAAGGCUACGCGAGAUCUUCUUAAAGACGGACAAUUAUAUUAAAGGUCGCUAUCUGGCCGAGAUCACAAAAGAGGUCAUCUCAGAUUUAGAGUCCAGCAAAUAUCAAAUGGUGGAGUGGCGCAUCUCAAUAUACGGAAGGUCGAUUCAAGAAUGGGACAAGCUCGCUGCUUGGGUGGUUGACAACAAACUAUUCUCCCCAAAUGUGCGCUGGCUAAUACAAGUUCCUCGGCUUUACGACGUCUACAAAGCAAGCGGCAUGAUGGAGAACUUCGAGCAAGUCAUCACAAACGUUUUCCAGCCAUUAUUUGAGGUGACCAAAAAUCCGAGCAGCCAUCCCAAACUUCAUAUCUUCCUCCAGCGUGUGGUCGGAUUCGACAGCGUGGAUGACGAAAGCAAAGCUGAGCGCCGGCUGUAUAGAAAAUACCCCAUUCCUAGAGAAUGGAAUACGAAGCAAAAUCCUCCCUACAGCUAUUGGAUUUACUUCAUGUUCGCUAAUAUCGCGUCAUUGAAUUUCUGGAGAAAGCAACGCGGCUUUAACACCUUUGUUUUAAGACCUCAUUGCGGUGAGGCUGGGGAUCCAGAUCAUCUUGCAGUUGGUUUUCUCUGCUGCCACAGCAUCAGUCACGGAAUACUGCUUAGAAAGGUCCCUCUACUGCAGUAUUUGUUUUACCUCGAUCAGAUUGGGAUCGCAAUGUCCCCGCUCAGUAACAACGCGCUAUUCCUGACAUAUGACAAAAAUCCGUUUGCGAAUUUUUUCAGGCGUGGCCUGAAUGUAUCCUUGUCAACGGACGAUCCCCUGCAAUUUGCGUUUACCAAGGAGCCGUUGAUUGAAGAAUAUUCGGUUGCUGCACAGAUAUACAAAUUCAACGCUGUGGACAUGUGUGAGCUCGCAAAACAUUCAGUCGAGCAAAGUGGCUUUGAACUAUCAUUGAAGAAGAGAUGGCUUGGUGCGGACUGUUCUCUCCGCGGGGUCGCAGGAAAUAAUGUCGCAAAAAGCAAUGUGCCAGACAUUCGGGAGCAAUUCAGGCAUGAAACUCUACUUGGGGAACUUGCCUUGCGACCAAUCGUCCCCGCCACAGGCAGUCAGCUAGAAGCACCGUCACGGAUUCCUCUUGAUCCAGAGCAAGGACACUCAGGCCAUUCACAGUCUCCCACUAGCUCGGUCUUACCUCAGCGAUGCGACGCCAGUGACGCAGAGGCUCUCCGAAACCCCUGCUCCUCAGAUACCACCAGUGCCGGCGACUCUGGCAACUCACUCGGAGGUACCCAUCCCAUAGGGCAAGCGGCAGCUUCCCCGGGUAGUCCACCAGAGCACCGAAUUUUCCCUGGUAUUGUUCAUGAGAGAAUCCGGAGAGAUAAUACCAACGUCAAUAAUGACAGCUGA